CCCGCUUGCGGGAAUUGUCCAAUUCCACAAGAUGGCAACUCUGGUGGCCGAUUUUUCGAUCCCAGAUUUUUCAUCCCACCGUCCAUGCCACUACUUCGGACCCAAGAGUACCUUGAAAUCCUUCAAUCGUUGCCAAAAUAUGCACUCCAUUGUCGAGAAAGGUAUAAAUGGUAGACUACCAACCCCGGUGGCAAAUUCAACACAGGUUUUAUGUGCACCAUCAAAGCGUUCUUGACGAUCCCCUUCACUCUGCAUUGGUUCCAGCGACACUCCGAGGAAGUCUCCAAAGCAAAAGUAUCUCUCCGGCUCUGAUUUUAUACAAUGGAGGAUCGCGACGAUGAUGAUAAUGAAUCAGCGGUGCGGGCCUUGAAUACAGCAAUGACCAAGCAAGAACAGAGCCUGAAGAUAUUCAAAGACGACCCCUUGAUGGUCAACCGGCCGUUUGAUGAAAUUCCUGCUUCGCGGAACUCCAGUGCUGCCCCAUCUGAUGAAACAACCACCUUUCUUGGAAUUGUUUCACGAUCAGACUCGAACACAUCGGAUGUCCUUGGUGCGGCGGGUGUUACCAAUGAUUCUCCGGCUGCCUUUGUCAGAGCAGGCGACAUCGACGGAGAAGAUGAUGGAAUCCAGGAUGAAAUGAAGAAUCUUGUAGUAUCUGAGAAUCUAUUGCGCAAGGAGAUGGAGCGUGCCACUCGAGUUGCAUCCAGGAGCUCCAUAGAACAGCUGUCAUCAGACCUACUAGCAGCUACUGAGAUAAUAUGUAACCAGGUUGCCGGUAACGACAGCCCAUCCAUCGAGGAGAUUCGUGCUCACGUGACAAAAGAGCAAUCCAAAGGAGACGAAGUUGGUAGUUGCAACACAGUUCACAACAUGCAUGAUCUUGCGUUUGUGGACGACAUUAUGGAGACUGUCAUGGAUACGGUGCUGGGGUGCAAGGGAGAUGAUGACCAGAAAAUACCUACCCAAUAUGCGCGAAGGCGCACAACAACUGCGACUAGCAAGGCAGCAAAAGAGGAUCUUGAAAAGUCGCCUGUUUUGGGUGCUUCGACUCCACAAGCGCUACUGUCAACACGCUCUGCACCGGCUCGGAACGGCACCCAAAUGACGUCUUCAGGUUCGCGAGAUGCGCCAUCCAUGGCGUACAGGUCAUCCUCAAUGGCAUUGACUGACAAGGAGAAGGCUUUCGUAGUUAGGGAAUUGCGCAAUGCACGGUCCAUCGCCACCAAGCAGAAAAAAGAGCGUGAUCCGAAGCUAUCUGGCCACGCCAUUGGCGAAGGGAAUCACAGGGGGCAGGGAAAGAGGAAAGUCAUUGAAAAUCGCAAUGAUAGCCAGAAGAUGAGCUCAGCAGACGAACGAGCCAAAAGGCCAUCCUUGAUGGAAAGGAUGAAAUCUUUCUCAUCUCAGAGAAAAUCAGUUCCCAGUGAGGAAGAGCCUAGGAAAGACGUAACAGUGUGUGUCACCGUUGGAGAAUCUUCCGUUCUGACUCCCGUUGAAGUAGAAGUGGAAGACAUUGAGAAGCCCCGAAGCAAACCAUCUUUGCUUGAGCAGCCUCGAAGCAAACGAUCUUUGAUGGAGCGGGCAAGAUUGUUGUCUAAGCAAUGGAGUAGCGUGGGCGGAAAGGUCUUUGGGGAGAUCACGAAAAGGAAGGAAGAACCACCUCGCAGUACUACCAGCACCGAGGCGGCAGUCCACCCUGAAAUUGAUCAGGAGGCACCAGCGCCUCUUUCUGACGUCUACGUGAUUGAAGAGCAUGGCCAUGAAGUAGAGGCUUUUUACCAAGCUGACACUCGUGUGUCCGUGCUGGAGCGCGACACGUUUCCAGAGCAACAUCGAGAAUGGAAAAAUGAACUCUUCAAGAAAGGGUGGCUUGGCAUGAGGCUGAUCUACUGGGUGAUGCUUCUGCUGCUCGCGAUAAACUUGCUCCUUCUUGGAGUUAUUCUCCUUGUGACAGAUGAUUCAGUCGAAAAAAGUUCUAGCCAGAGCAUCCAAACAACAAAUCCCCCCACAACCGUCAGUCCUAGCAUUGAAAUCAACUUGCCACUUCCAGUUCACACCAUUGAAGCAUUGAGGAAUCCAUCAUCCCCACAGUCAAAAGCCUACGAGUGGCUUAUUAAGGACCCCGCUUACUUUCAAUACUCAAAUGACCGAAAACUCCAAAGGAUGGCACUGGCGACAUUAUAUUACUCCACAAAUGGUCCCAAUUGGACGUUUGCCAAUUCUAUGCUGACAUACGAUUCCGACGAGUGCCAGUGGUUCUACAACCGAGCUGCACGUGCAUCUCCAGCUGCAUGUGGCAUUGCCGGAGGGCUAAUUGAAUCCUUGAUGCUGGAUCAAAAUAACUUGGAAGGGAAGCUGCCACCAGAGCUAUGGUUGAUGACAAGCUUGAAGUUUCUGAGCUUGGCAAACAAUCAAUUGACGUCAACUAUUCCCAGCGAAGGCCUGGAAAAGCUGACGGAUCUUCAAUUCUUCGGGGUUACCAAGAGCGGGCUAUCUGGACCCAUUCCACCAAGCAUUGGCUACUUGUCAAACUUAGAGCUCUUGGACCUUUCAGCAAAUCGAUUCACGAGCACAAUCCCCAUCACAUUUCGCAACCUGUCCAAACUCCGUGAGCUCCGUCUUCAUAAGAACGGCUUGAACGGAACUCUCCCCGACGGAGUUCUUUUCGGUCUCUCCAAUCUGCAACAGAUGUAUCUAUUUGAGAACCAGCUCUCAGGAUCCAUUCCUUCCUCGAUCAAGCAUAUGCACUCUGUCGAAGACUUGUUUCUGUACAAUAAUCGGUUCAGCUCAUCGCUCCCAACCGAUCUUGGCCAUCUUACGCGGCUUCAGCGACUUUGGCUUGAUCGAAAUCGAUUCACGGGUCAGAUUCCCAAGCAACUCGGAAACUUGCACAUGUUGAUGCAGCUCAGCUUGUUUUCGAACGAGUUAUCCGGCACCAUACCCCGCGCCUUGAGCAAUGCCAGAUCACUGCAACAGGUUCGAUUGGAGGACAACCUACUGACAGGCCAAGUUCCAGAUCGAGUGUGUGAUUGGUUUUCCCGAGAAGGCGAUGACAACGAUCUUGAUAUUGAAAAGAUCCUAUCGGUUGAUUGCAUUGAAGUUUCCUGCAAUUGUAACUGCAAUUGUCCGCGACCGGGAUCCGAAGGCUUCCUCCAUUCUCCAUGAAGAGUUGGGAGGUCCUCUUACGUGCUACUAGCUAGGGAAGGCACAAACUCUCCUUGCAAACCUUCGAGACUUUUGCAGGGAAUAUUACAUCUAUCUAUAGAGAACGCAGCAAAAGUAUAUAGAGAUCGACAGUUACUUGAGAAUCCACAAAGACAGCUCUCUGCUCUGGGACGCGGACUACCGGUACCGCAACAAACAGGCCACGUGUUGACGACCUUGUGUUUGUUGGCUGGUCACCCAGACCAUCAUACCAUCCUCUGCUGUUUCUACUACGGUAGCUAGCUUGUCGUUACACAACUUUAGGUAAGCCAUGUUAAGGACAUGAACCCAACUCAUCAUUGCCUAAGUGUAAAGCCAUAGUACCAUGGUAAGGUAGAAAUCUUCCAAAGAGGAAACUCCCCAAGCGACUUGAGCGGCUUUUCCCUAUGAAUUCCAGUCCAUCCACAAGCCCCGACGAGAAAGUUAAUAGGUAUGGACUCCUUCAAUUCAAGUCUAGCUAGUCAGUUCGUUUGUAGAUG